GGGUGGUUAUCUGCGGCGAGCCUCGCGCCUCGCCACUCGUACCUCGAACGACACGGAAUACGCGCGUCCACAGCGCGCUUGAGCACUAUGUGGGCCUGGUUGUUAUUGUUCGCGGUCGCCGCGCUCCCGGUCGCUGAGAACGCCGGCGCAGGCGCCGCCCGGCUUGUAUGCUAUGCGGAAAACUCGCGCGCGGAUGGAUUUUCCGAGUGCACGCAUCUGGUGUACGCGGGGAACGCUAGAGGAGACAAGUUAGAUGGGAUACUGAAGGAGUUUAGGAAGAGUAAUCCCAGGUUGAAGAUUAUUUUGAGGGUUUCUGAGGUUGAUAAGGACCUCCGCACACUCCUCAAAUCGAAACACGUGCAAGGUUUGGAGAUCAACGAUGCCCACAAGUCCCUCAACAGGACAUCGGUCCUCGAGAAAGUGGAGGCGGCCAAGUCCGCCCUCACUUCCUCAGGUGGGGGACCAUUGUUCCUCGCGUUGCCGGCCCACCCCGAGCUCCUUGCGAAAUACUACGACCUCCGGACGUUAGUGAAGAAGGUGGAUCUGAUGAUGGUCCAGACCCACGCCCUGGGACUGGUGAAGAAGAUGACUUAUCAUCCUAGCAGACUGAGUGGGCUGUGGGACAUGAUGAACACUGACUCGGUAGUAGACCUAGUGGUAGGUCUUGGUGUACCAGCAUCCAAGGUCGUGAUCAGCCUUCCGGCUACAGCCCGUCAGUUCACACUCCUCAACGAGACCCUCAGUACUCCUGGAAGCCCUACUGUUGAAGACGAACCCAAGGAGAUUGACCAGGCUGAGCUUUGCAGACAGCUUCAGAAGGGAAGAUGGACCUUGGAGAGAGACCAGGACUUGUCGGCGCCCUAUGCUUUUAAGAACAAGAUAUGGGUGUCAUUCGAAGACGCGUCCUCGGUGGAUGUGAAGGGAAAGUACGCGCGAGUCCGAGGUUUGGCCGGCUUGGCAUUACAUAAAGCCGAUCGUGAUGUGGACACGCCCUGCGGACCCACGCUCAAGGCCUCGCUGUCCAAGGUCCUCAACCAGCAGAGCAGAGCGCCUAGAGCUGCAGUGCUUAGGUCUCUGGAACAUGAGAUUCUGUCAGCUCCCGGUCACGUGCGUGCCCUGGAUGCCCUCCAGGUGUCUCCAUACCGAAUUACACAAGUUGUCGACUCCGAUGGCGUCAUUCACUCUAUUAGAGAGGACACCCGUACUGAGUUCUCGUGCUCCCGACAAGGCUACUUCGUCCACCCCCGCUCCUGUGCCAGGUUCUACCGAUGUGUGAAGUUCGACCAGUAUUCGCCUGAAUAUACCGUAUUCGAAUUCGACUGUCCCGCUGGGCUGGCGUUCGACUCUCGCUACGAGGUGUGCGUGUGGCCCGGCAGUCUGCCGCACUCGCAAGCCUGUCCAGGUUCUUCCGAAAUCGCUCCCGUGCCUCAAACUAGGUUUAUUUGUCCUGAACAUGAAGGUUACUACGCCGACCCUGAGAACUGCCGUUGGUUCUUCGCGUGUUUGGACCACGGCAAGUCGCCACUCACUGCCUACGAGUUCCGCUGUCCGUUCGGACUUGGGUUCGACGCUGAUAAACUGAAGUGCGAGUGGCCAUGGCUGGUGCCUGCUUGUGGAAACAUCGCCAGAUACGAAGCUGAGGCUUACGGAUUCUCCGGUGCCAUACUUACUGGCGCUGCCGGUUUCCAAGGCCAGACUGCAGAUGAUGUGAACAUUGCCGCUCACCAGAGCCUUGUCUCUGGCGCGGCGCUCGACAACCUGGUCGGCAUCCAAGGCGGAUUCCUCACCAAGGACGAUGCUUUAGACGCUAACUUCAUCGCUUCCCAGGAGCUCGCGGGAGCUGCCGGCCACAAUCUGCUGCAAGGCUAUGAUCUUGCCCAUGGCCAGGCUUUGGACCAUGGAGUAGCAGAUUCUCUUGAAGGACAGGCUCUAGGCCACGGAAUAGCAUACCAAGCGGUUGAUGGAGCCAAUCUAGGCAUCGGUUUAGUCCAACCAACGAAUUAUAACGAUCAAAAAUACACAAGUGGUUCCUUGAUCUUAGACGAUUACAGACUGCCUACUAAAUCAAAGACUGGUCACGGCAAGAUUCAGAAUAUUGUCGCAAGUCAUCGUCAAGUAGCAGCAGCAGGAGCUGGAGCGGGAAUUGCAGGACAAGGACAACAAGCAGGAUACACUAAAGGAUACGACGGUUACUCAUCAUCUACCUUCAGCUUGGGAAGUGAACAAAAGAAUCAGUACCAAAGCGGUGCUUAUGAAGAUAAUUCCGGCGCGUACGUGCACGACCCUACUGGAGACUACGCGGAACCUUACAGACAUGAAUCUUCCCCAGCAGUACCUUAUAUUCAUGACGACUCGCCAUACAAACACACUAAAGACUACUACGACCAAGGUAAAUAUGUGCACUCAACUCAAUCAGGACAUGAUGGAAAAUACACCGGUACUGAUGGCAGAUACGUUGAUGACAACAAUGGGCAGUACGUUCACGAUCAUUCUGGAGAUUAUGUAGAAUCAGGCAGAUAUAAGGCUGGCUACUCUGGCGCUGGUUCUUAUGUUGCUUCCAGCGGCGGAGCUUAUAAAUCUGAUUACUAUGGUGCUAGUACUGGGGCUUACAAGGCUGACUUCACAGGAUUAUACACAGAAGAUAACUCCGGUGCAUAUGUUCACGACGACUCUGGCAAAUAUGAAGCCGGAGUCUACAGAGAUGAUGGACAUAUUGGCAGCUAUAGCGAAGGCGCUAGUAGAGGUCAAGUUAAAUACCAAGGUGGUUACAGCCAAGCCAACGCUGAUAAAUAUUUGACCGAUUCCAAACUCUAUACUGGUGCCUCUCAUGUUUUAACCGCAGGAGCUGUUAAUGUCGGACUCGUUGGAAAAACGACUUUAGUAGAUGUUGAUUAUAAUGAUCAAAAUAACUAUCAUGUCAAAUCGCAGAGUUCUUUCGGACAUCAGACUUUACAUCCAGGUCACGUGUCUUUGGUUUCUCAACCUGCAGUGUCGAUUAACCAUAUUGGAACUGAUGGUAACAACCUUGAUGGGUAUAGUUUUGUGACUACACCGACGUCAUCAGGCGUUCCUACAACGGCUACUCCUUUCGCCGUCACAACGUCUCUACCUGUUGUCACUUCGUACAAGACUACGUUUGUUCCUCAGGCACCUCAGUCUAGCAUUAAGCAAGUGUUCGGCUACACGCAACCCGCUGUGACAUAUGUUCAACCGACAGUGGUUGCUGUUCCACAAGUCACUCCACAAGUCCAAGUAACUGACCACAAUCAAGGCUUCAACUACCAAUUUGAAAGCAAAGAUUACUCGAGCCGCAAAGGUGCUAGUGCAAGUCAGUCAUCUGUAGUCAAAUCGGAAUCAUCUGGGUAUGACUACUCGAAGCCCAGCAUUCAAUUCGAUGAAGGUGUAACGUAUACGACUGCAGCACCCGUCGUUGUAUCUACCUACAGACCACAAGGAUUUGGCCAUAGUCAACAAACUCUACACAAAGUUGAGUCAGUUGGAUUCCAAUACUCAACGCCAAUUCCAGUCACCGAAGAACCUUUCAAGAAAUUAGUGGCCUACACUACUGGAGCACCUGUGACUACUUUUGGGGCGAAAGAAUACAGACCCCAGGCAUACAGUCAUCAAACCAUUCACAAAGUCGAAGCCAGCAAUUACCCAUCAGCGGAGAUUGGUGCUGGUUACGAAGCUAAAGUUACCUAUGAAGCACCGAAAGUAGUCCAAUACACUACCGUUCAACCAGCAGUUUCCGUUCAGCCUGUAGUAUCUGUACAACCACAAAUCGUCGGUCACCAAACUCUACAUACCGUGGACGCUAGCCAAGUGAACGCUUACUCUCAAGCAAAUGCUGGAUCCUUCUCCCAUCAAAGUUCGGGUAGUUACUCCGGCGGCGAGUCUGGCUACACUUACGAACAUCCCGCAGUACAGUUCCAAGAUGUAAAAACAGUGCAGUACUCUACACCAGCGCCUAUAGCUGUUUCUACUUACAGACCACAAUCCUACAGUCAACAAACUAUUCACAAAGUAGAGAACCAUGUUGUACCAGUUUCUUCUACACCACUGCCAAGUGUUGCGGUAUCAUACCAAGCGCCUGUCACCGUAUAUAAGAAUCCUAUUUUGAAAUACACGGAAGAAGUCACUCCGGUAGUUUAUGAGAAGCCAUCGCAUAGAGGUCAAGCGUACAGCCACCAGACAAUCCACAAGGUUGAAGAUAACAAGGCAUAUACUCCAUCACUGGGUAUCGGUGCUGUGGAAUACACUAAAUCUGUCACUUAUGAGCAGCCUCAAAUCUACUCGACAGUGCAACCAGCCUUAGCGAUCCAACCAGCGGUGUCAGUAUCGCAUUCCAGUGCUUUCAGUCAUCAGACACAGCACAAAGUAGACGCGAGCCGAGUGAACGCUUAUUCAGAAAACGCUGAUGCAGGAUACGUCUAUGAAAAGCCGUCUAUACAAUUCGAACCUAUAAAAACUGUACAGUAUUCUACACCAGCUCCAGCAGUGGUUUCUACGUACAGACCUCAGUCUUACAGCCAUCAGACAAUUCAUAAAGUUGAAACACAAAAAGUCGUUCCAGUGUCCUCUACCGUGACACCGAUUGUAGAUUAUUCCUACAAACAAGCUGAUGUCUCUACUUACGAAAACCCAAUUUUCAAGUAUACGCAAAAGGUAACUCCGGUCACAUACGUUCAGCCGACUGCGGCCGUUGUCACUCCAACUUACCAACCAAUUGUCCAGCAACAAGUAAGCCAUAUUGUCAGCCAGCCCGUACAAUAUGAAAGCCAACAAAAUUUGCAUAUCGGUCAAGAAGGUUAUUCUUACAGUCAGCCAGAAAUCCAAAGAAAUGUUGAGACAUCAAAGGCGGCAAAUUCGUACUCAGAUGCUAGUGUUGUAUCUCACCAGACGUUCCAUCUCUCAAGCGGCAGAAACCAAUAUGAGUCAGGAAAGGGUGCUGUGAUAGUGUCAACUACACCUUCAACUGUGGCCUAUGAAGAUCAUUACGUCGAAUAUGAAGCACAGAAAAACCUUGAUGCAUACAAAGCCCCAGAAUACAUUCCACCGAAAACUGACUAUCAGUAUACCGUCUCUUCUACAGCCACUCCUAUUGUCCAACAAAGUGCCAUCUUCCACAAAACAAAUGACGAAUAUGAUUAUAAACCUAUCGAAUAUUCUCAACAGUACGAUUCCGCUCAAGACGCUGUAUCGACUAAACAAGUAUCUUUCAGCACAUCUCACAUUUCGCAACCUCAAAAGGUAGAAUCUGUUCAUAUAUCUUCCUUCCCUGGUACUAAAGUCGCAACAAAUUACAAUCAAGCGACGUACCAGAGCCCUGAAAUCCAGGUAGCUUACAAGUCUGAAGAGUAUCUACCACCCGUGGUGUCUACGGUUGUUACACCCAUAGUUACAUCGACCUACAGACCCCGUACCUAUUCCACCGUCUCGACUACUAAAGAAUACUUACCUCCUGCGGUCGAUAAUACUUACCUACCACCUUCAACUACAGCGAGACCUUACUACAAAUCUACAACUCCGGCUUAUCAUCACGUUGAAUCCACUACUGCAUUCCAAGCGUCCGAAUACUUGCCUCCUGCAGAAGAGAGUGGAGCUAAAUUGGUCAAUUUUGAAAGCUUUGGUUUCGACAACGGUGUCACAGCAUCAGCCAAGAUUAAUCCUUAUCAAGAUUUCUCAGUGCCAAAAGUAGUGCCGACAGUUUUAGCUGAAACCUCAGCACCAGUUAGAAAGCAAAAUAUUGUGGUGGAAACAGCUAAAUCGCACUUAUUAGGAUUUGGUACUGUGGGCCCUGACGCGGGAUUGGUUUCGCCGGUAACAUACACUACCGCUGCUCCUGUUGUAGUCUCGACAACAUCUAGGCCUAUAUUUAAAUCAACUACGCAUGAACCUAGCUAUAAGUUCGUGCAAUCCACAACAGAAUAUCAGGCGCCUGAAUAUCUUCCACCAUCAGAACAAAUUGAUACUAAUAUUAACUACCAAAGCUUUGGUUACAAAAACUCCGAAUCAUUAGCUGAAAAUGUCAACUACAAUGCUUAUGAUAACGACGCUGUUGUAGUAUCGACAGCUGCACCGAAGAGGAAACAAAAUCUUGUCGUUGAAACUGCCAAAACUCAUCUCCUUGGAUUUGGAACAGUUGGUCCUGAUGCUGGUUUAGUAUCUCCAGUUACUUACACAACUGCUGCCCCUGCAAUUGUGUCCAGUUCUGAAUACUCAUUGCCACCUCAGGUAACAUCAACCUAUGCCCCGAUUGAACAGGGACUCUUUGAAGUCACGCCAUCAUCAGUGCCCAUUCGCAGAACAAAACCGAAAGUUGCUGUUGUAACAAAAAUCAAUGAUUUUAACCCACUCCUUGUACGCAAGCUAGGCGCUGUCUGCAGUUGUCAGUCACCCGUAUUAACUCUUAAAGGAAGGAGACCUGUUGUAAAGGAACAAGAAGUUGACGACUAUAGUAACUCUUACUCCAACGGCGGUGAUAACAACAAUAACCAAUAUAUUCUGAAUUCGGAACGUCUACAAACGCCCACGGUGACUGUUACUCCUAUAGUGACAUCGACUUUCAACCCCAUCAUUGUACCGGACGACUCGUUCUACCAAGAUUACCAUGAACCGAUCCAACAAGAAGUGGUAGUAACGCCUAAGAAAGAGAUCUAUUCGGAAAGUGUAUCUAGUACGCCAAUUCCAGUUUCUUCAACAGAGAAGGUUUACACAAUAAGACCAAGAAUUAAGCCCGUCACGGUUGCACCCACAUACAAAACCGUUAUAUUGAACCAAGAAGUUGCCCCAGUUGCCUCUAUCACAUCACAUGAUGCUGCAGCAGCUGUAUUGGAUUCUCCAGCAUUCGACCGUUACGGACCAGGUGGAUGGAGAAGCAGAGAUGAAACUCUGCAAGGAUCCGUGGAUUGCCAGAGGGCAGGUCUCUUCCGUCACCCAAAGCAGUGUAACAAGUUCUACGCUUGCAGAUGGGACUGUACAAAACAGAGAUUCACACUUCAUGUAUUCAACUGCCCAAUCCAACUCAGCUUCGACUCGAGCAUAGGCGCCUGCAAUUGGCCCAGCCAAGGCCCCGCCUGCCAAGGAGACACACUUCUCACCAACACCCUUUAAUUCUAUAGUCCUGUAAGCAAAUCUCAUUGUGCCAUCUAAAUUGUGAUAAAUUGUGAUCACGAAAUUCAUUUAUCAUUUUUCAUGCAGUUCAUUAGCUUCUCUUUUGUUUUAAGAUGCUUUUCUAUUUAUUUGUUUGGUCUUGUUAAUGUUAUUUCAUUAUUUCAUAGUUAUUUAUUACAUUGUGUACUUCUCAGCUUAUUGCUUGCCAAGCAUAUUAUUGCGUUUCGAUAUUAUCGAUUGGAAUUAAGAGUUACCAUGUAUCUAGUUCAUAUAGCAUGUUAACGUUGUAAAAUAGUGAAGUCAUAUGUUUGUACGUUUAUAAAUUAAUAUAGAAAUAAUAUGCUGUAAUUGUAAAUAUAUCAAUUUAUUGAAUUAA